GAAUCCAGUCCCUCGCCCACCAGCUGGUGCAGGAGCACCAGCAGGAAGUCGGCACGCUACAGAGGGAGCUGAAAAAGAUUAAGUUUCAGUUGGCGGACCUUGAGCUGGAGAUGUGUGAGAUGAAGUCCAGGAACGAAGACCUCGAGGAGGUGAAGGUGGCAGAGAAGACCCGGCGAGUUUCCGGUAAAGAAUCGGUUGGCUCCAGUCGGUCAGUAAAAGACAAGCCGCAACUACAGCGAUCACUAUCUGCUGCCAUGUGCAAGCACCACCAGGCUCUCCGAGAAGUGAAUGCGGAUGAGAUCUUGGACGCCUUCGACAUGAACAUGAACGACUCGGAAGAUGGUGAUGGCACACAGUCCAUUGCGUCCCUCUUCAAAGAUCCUGCUGUGGAGAAGCUGAUGCAGAAGGGAAACACCGGGUAUGUGCAGCCCGAGACGGAGUCUGAACGGCUUAGACGAUAUGCCGAAAUGACCAGGUUUCAACGCCUGCAGGCGUGGCUGCAGUCCCAUAAGUAUGAGAUGGUGAUUGCUGCUGUUCUCUGCGUGAAUGUCCUGUGGAUGGCCUUCGAAUUGCAGCUUAGCGGUUCCGACACCGGCUAUCACAUAGGCGUUGUUAGCUCUCCGCCAGUUCCUGUGGAGACUUGGGCAACUUGGACAGAUGUUUUGGAGGUCGGCGACUUAAUUUUCACGGCCUUCUUCGUGCUGGACGUCGCAGUCCGAAUCCUUGUCUUGCAGAAGAUCUUCUGGCAGGUUUGGAUGAACUACGUCGACGUCGCCGUCAGCAUCGCAUCCCUCAUUGAGGUCACUGUCUACCAUGCAACGACUCUGCCGGUGAACCCGAUCCUUUUCCGAUUGGUGCGGAUUGGAAAGCUGGCCAGAGCUAUUCGGAUGGUUACCAUGACCAGUAUGUUGCAAUCCCUGCAGCUGCUGGUUAAGUGCUUGGGCUCCAGCAUGAACAUGCUCUUCUGGAGCUUUUGCUUGCUGACCUUCGUGCAAUGUGUGGCUGGACUGAUUCUGAGUACACUCUGUCGGGACUUCCUCCUGGACGAAGCGGCCGACCUAGAUAUCCGAGAGGAGGUGUUCCGGUAUUACGGUACCUUCAGCCGGACAUUCUUGACGAUGUUUGAAAUCCUCUUCGCGAAUUGGGGGCCACCAUGUCGAGUACUGGUGGAUCAGUACAGCGAGUGGUUCACGUUGUUUUUCCUCACUUAUCGCUGCGUCCUGGGAUUUGCGGUCCUCAAUGUCGUCAACGCAGUUUUCGUUCAGCAGACGAUGAAGACCGCGAGCUCUGAUGAAGAGCUUGCUUUCAAGCAGAAGGAGAAGGACACAGCAUCCUACAUCAGAAAAGUUAAGAAGCUUUUCCAAACAGUGGAUGCAUCAGGAGAUGGUGCGAUCAACCUCCAGGAGUUCUCCAAGCUCGUGCAGUCGCCGAAGCUGAAGUUCUGGCUCUCGCAGUUGGAGUUGGAGUACCAUGAUAUGCUGUCAUUGUUCGAGUUCUUGGAUAAUGGCGAUGGUGAGAUCACUCUCAUGGAGUUCGUGGAGGGUGCUUCGCGCCUCCGCGGAAACGCCAAAACCUUGGAUAUAUGGCGUGUCGAGACCAAGCUCGAGGUGCUCUUCGAGGAGGUUCUGAAUGCCUUGCGUCCCGGUGGGAGCUUUCAUCAAGAGUCAGGCGUGUCGCAUAUCACCAGUGUGCAGGACGUGUUUGACCAGUCUGGGUUCCGGCACAUCAAAACCACCGCCAGUACCAUUUCACCUGCUUUCGCGGUGUUGGCGAAGUCGGAAGCCGAGACGCCACUGAUGUCACAGCUGCCUUCACUCAAGCUUAGCCAGGACCUCUGCCAGUUUGCUAUGGAUGCAGAUGUGGAUGCGCUCGUAGCUGCAAGUCCGAGCGAGCGCAACAAGGUGCAGUGCGGACAGGCUCUGGCGCUGGGAUCCGCUGUGGCUGAAGACGCCAUGGACGUAGGUAAAGGCACGAACGGCGAAGUGUCCAAGGAUUUUCGGGCGUUGUGUAACACUUUGGUCAACCAGCUCGUGCAGCAACACAUGCGCGAGAUGGCUGCCGUGAAGCAAGGCAGUCCACUUAUCGUUCCGCGCAGUCCACCGAACGGUCCACGCAAAGAUCCGCGCAAGCGCACCAAAGACCAGGAGGACUGGAUGCCGGCCAGCCUGUCCUUUCACGACUCCGGUACCGAGUCUGAGGCCUCUUCGGCUUCUGCUGCUGCAAGGAGCAAAGUCCAUGCGCGAGACAUACUGCAGAAGUUAGAGUCGGAGGCGGACGAGGAGGAGGAUGAAAAGAAGAGCCCCCACUUCGCCAACUCCUUGUAUGCGGAGGCCAACAUGGACUUCGUCGGUCACAGCAAGUCGGGGUAUUUCGCCACGGAAACGGAAUCAGAGUUCCUCGCGCGCUACAACCGGAUGUCGAAGCUGGAGAAAUGGCAGCUCUGGCUGCAGUCCAAUCGCUAUGAGUCGAUCAUGGCUGUCGUCCUUUGCUUCAAUGUAUUGUGGAUGGCCAUGGAUUUACAAUUCUUCGGGAGCAUUGCAGGCUACAACCUUAACGUAUUCUCGAUGCCUGUGCCGCCAGAACAAGUACCAACAUGGGAAGGUGUUUUGACGAUCGGAGAUCUUCUAUUUACAGGUGUCUUCGUGCUGGAUGUCAUCGUGCGCAUUUGUGUGUUGCGGUCCAAGUUCUGGAAGCAAUUCAUGAACUAUGUCGACGUCGCAGUAAGCGUUACAAACCUGGCCGAAUUCGGCGUUCUCUAUGCAACGACGCUGCCCGUAAAUCCCAUCCUUUUUCGACUGCUGCGACUCGGUAAACUGGCGAGGGCCAUCCGCAUGAUCAACAUGACGAGCGUGUUAGGUUCCCUCCAGCUCCUGGUGAAGUGCCUCGCGUCCAGCAGCAACAUGCUCUUCUGGAGCUUUUGCCUCCUAACCUUCGUGCAAUGUGUUGCAGGGCUGAUUGUUUCCACUCUGUGUCGAGACUUCUUCGAGGAUGAUGCCUACGAUGUCGCGCUGAGAGAAGCGGUUUUUCGGUACUACGGAACAUUUACUCGCACGUUUUUGACCAUGUUUGAAAUAUUAUUCGCAAAUUGGGGACCUGCAUGCAGAGUGCUGGUGGAGAACUUCAGUGAGUGGUUCUCCAUCUUCUUCCUCUUUUACAGGUGUGUUUUGGGCUUCGCGGUGCUGAACGUCGUGAAUGCUGUUUUCGUGCAGCAAACGAUGAAGACCGCAGGGUCUGACGAAGAGCUGGCCUUCAAGCAGAAAGAGAAGGAUGCGCAGAUGUAUACAAGGAAAGUGAAGCGGCUCUUCCAAACGAUCGAUGACUCAGGCGACGGCACCCUCAACUUAGAG